AUGACCCCUCCCGGAGUUCAGGGUGUAACUUAUGGUCAAACGGUCUCAAUUGACCCCGCCUCAGUUGAAUCUCCAGCCGCUGGGGAGCAGUUGACCCUUAAUAUCAACAUCACAGGCGGCAUGAAUGUCGCCGGUUAUCAAGUAACCGUGACAUUUGAUCCAACUGCGCUCUCAGAUGCCAGCAUCGCAAACGGAGAUUAUCUACCUACCGGUGCGUUUGUCGCGCCACUGCCUGCCACCGAUACGAGUGUGGGACUUGGUGCAACCGCUGUUGGUGCUACGUCAGACGGGGACGGCACACUUGCCACGGUUACUUUUACGGUUAAAGAGGUCAAAGGCUCGACAAUCGGAUUAACCAAUGUCUUGAUUUCUGAUCCGGAUGCUGCUGCAAUAGAUGUGACUGUCCAAGGUGGCAUGGUUACCGGUCCUGCGCUUGAAAUGCCCAUGAUGCCUGAGAUGCCCGCAGGGGUUGAAUUUAAGUGCUUCCCGGGCGUCCAUUUCAACGAUGGUCACCGCUAG